CUUCCUGUGGAUGCAUAUCCCACACGUCACCUACACUCUGCUUUGUCAUAGCAACAACUGCGCAAUAGACUCUCGGAAGAACAAGGGACACCCAGGCGAGCUAUUGUAGCGAACUCUGGCAAACAACCUGCUUCCUGUUGCGGCAAUAGGACGGGCAUCUUCAAUAGGACGUCUCCCGUGCGUGAUAUACGACGAGCGCCCCCCUCUUUUUUCGCACCUAGGUACAAGUUCUCCCGCAAAUAGCACCUUGUGGCUCCGCAACACGAGCAGAAUAUAGCUGUCAAGCUGCCUCCCACCAGCUCAACCACUGCGAAGUACAGGUGAUGCCGGAGGGUGAGAGAAAUACGGGGAGGAACGGGUGACCUUGGUUGUUGCACCCUCUGCACGGUUUUCGCUCUCUCGGCACGUUUUAUCACAGGGCUGCAUGGAUGUCGUUUAUGGGUUCAGAGUUUGAAGAUUCAGAACCUCACGAAUCGACAUGUGAACCUGUGUAGGUCCAGCUAAUUCCCCGCUUGCUUGGUCGCACGCCCGAUGCUCCACCACCUACACUCCGCUCAAGCUUUACUGGGCACUCUGGUGUCUGGUGUCUGUUGCUCUCGUGGGCUGCGAGUUUUGUCGCGCUGUGCAGUUCCCUAGGUGUGCUCUGGUUCCGUGUUGCGGCCUCGGCACGCUCAUGUUCUCAUGAUAGGAGGUUGAGAAGCGGGGACACGGGAAGCGGGGAGGGGGUUUGCAGGGAGAGCGGGAGAGGAGAACCUGCCGAUUGCGCCCAUCGGGUCCGCCAAACACCGCCGUCAUGGAAGGACGUUCUAUCUUGAGCAUGAUCGCAGGGUUCAUCCCGCCAUCGUCCGAUCCGCCACCCAACGCUCCAUCCUCGCCCCCGCGUCGCCCCUCUCCGACCAUGAGCGGGAGGUCAUCCACAGCAGCGGUUGACAGCGGCAGCAGUUGCCAGACACCGGCUGACGCUGCUGCCUCUCGCUCGGCGGUGCCGGGGCGGCGACUCGUGCACAUGAUCUGCUUUUCAAAGGACCGCGCUUUUCAGCUGGAUCAGCUGCUGGCGUCAGCCUCGCGUCACCUGUGUCUUGCGCAGGAGGGCGGGAGGCAGGGGGGAGGAGAGGCGGGAGACGACCUGGUGGUUACACCCGUCCGACUUCGUGCCUCCGUGCUCUAUCUCGCCACUGCUGGUGUUGCUGCUGGUCCUGCUGCAGCGGUGACGGUGGCGCCCGUGUCACGCGCAACGGCAGCGGCAGCGGCAGCGGCAGCGGCAGCGGCAGCGGCAGCGGCGGCGGCCGAAUCUCUAGAAGUAGGAGGAGGAAGAACACGAUGCUCAUACUCACCACAAAAAACGAUGGAAGAGUCGUACGAUCUGGUACGGCGGAGGCAUCCAAACGUCCGGUUUCUCCGAGAACGGCCAGGGGAGUUCUGCACCCAGCUUCGUUCGCUCGUCGGCGAGGAAUGGGAGGAAAGAGCGAAAAAAGGAGAGGGUGGCCACGACGAGGAGGGUGGCGAGGCGUUUGUGCUGUUUGCUGUGGAUGACAUGUUCUUCUAUCGCGAUUUUAUGUUGCCCGACGCUGUCCGACUGUUAGCAACAGACCCGUCCAUGUUCUGUGUCCACCUCCGCCUUCACCCGGGCAUCACUUGGUCGCACACCGCGGGAUCACCGUGCAGCGUACCGCCUCUGUCGCCCACCGUCGGACACGUGGUCCAGUCGCAACAGGGCGUCGAUCACGGUAGUGGCGGCGCCGAAGGCAGUGGUAGCGGCAGCAGCAGCAGCAGUCAAAGGGGGAAGGGUGGGUUCGACGUCUGUUGUCUGGGCGGAAGAGAAGAAGAUCACCCCGCGGGAGACCCUAUUGGGACGUCGGGCGGCAGCGACGCCUGGUCGCGGCGGCAGCGGCGGCACCCGCCAGUCGUCGCCGCCGCGGAGUUCGGGCUGCUAUCCUUUACCCGCGCCCAAGGCACGGGCGAGUGGGACUACCCUUGGGAUCUCACGGGGGGUCUUUAUAGGCGCGCGGACGCCGUUGCGGUGUUGGACGGGAUAGUGAGCGCCUACGGCGCGGGGGCUGCGGCAAACCCAAACCUUUUGGAGCAUCACGGGCACACGUUGCUGCUACAGCAGCAGCGGGGGCUUCCGCAACGAAGCGAGGCCACCGAAGUCGCGACCGCGAGCGAUAUUUCUACCAGCAAAAGCGAUACCAACAACGCCGUCAGGGAUCCAACAGCAACGCCUUCUUCUUCUCGCCCUUUUCUGGCCCCGCUUGCCUGCGACAAAUCAGAGGCAGUCGCUGGUACACCCCCGUCCCACGGGGACCCCAAGACUGCAUCCCCACCACCCGCUACGGCAGAGUCUGGUUCUCGUCUCGCCGCCGCCGCCGCCGCUGCUGCUGCUGCUUCCGCGGCCACUUCUGCCGCACCUGCCGCACCAAGCACCGUGAGUGCCGCCCCGCGGUGCGGCUGCUCGGGGAGGGCGGUGGUCAGCUCGCUCGCCGUGAACCGAGUGCAAUCCACGUACUCGACGCCCGUGUACGCUUCGCGGGAGGGCGGCGUGCUGGACCUCAACCGCAGGCUCUGGAGUGACGUCCAACGCCCGUUGCCGUCGUCGUCAACAAUCACAAGAUGUGACGCUGCCGACGUCGACGCCGAGGCCGGCCAAAACACUGGCCCAGGAGCAGAAUUGGGCGAAGUAGAACCAGCGAGAGGAGAGAGGCAGGAACUUGAGAACGGCGGCGGCAAGGCCAGGGAUGCCGCUUCAGAAGCCGGAGGUCGAUGUGAGAAGGGGGAACGAGGAAGCGGCCGAGGGGGAGGGUUCGACGGCCGAGCUUACCGCCGGCGCGUGUUCAACUCCGUCCACGUGGGCGAGCUUUGGUUCGAGGGCGGCGGCGACUCGGAGGAGGUCGUGGCCAGCUGCGGUGGCGACGACGGGGUUGGGAGCGACGGCGACAAGAACGGCGGCGGCGGCUGCACCGACCAACAACAGCGCAAGCGCCAAAACACGGUGACCGUCCUUCUUCCCGUCAAGAACGGCGGGGACCGCCUCCUCGAAGCCGUCGAGAGCGUGGCCGCCUGCUCGCGCCGGAUGCCUCGCGGCUGGUGCUCGGAGCUUCUGAUCGUGGACGACGGGUCGGGGGACGGUGCGGUCGACCGGGCGGUGACGGCGGUGACAGCCGGGGCCGGUGCUGCUGCCGACUUUGCCGGCUGCGGGCGCCGGGAGCUGGACGGAUCUCGACAGCACCCGGAGGGUGCAAGGAGGAGGGCAUGCGACAAAGAGAGGGUGAUGGAUGGAUGCGGGGGCGGGGAAGGCGAAAAAGUGCCGUCGGAAGCGGACGAGGGCGGGGUAGGGCACCCAGAAAGUGGUACGAGUGACUGCUGUGUUGACUGCGACGGUAGCAGCGGCAGUGGCGGCAGCGGUGUUACGGACGAUGCCAGAGCGGUGGUCCGUGGUGAAGGCGGGACCCCGGGCUUCACGGUGAAGGUUUUGCGGCACGAUCGUACGCUUGGGCUGGCAGAGAGCCUGAAUGAAGGGCUGAGGGAGGCGACGAGCAACCUGGUGGCCAGGAUGGACGCGGACGACGUGUGCAUGCCCGGACGCUUGGAGCAGCAGGUUGCCUUCAUGCUCGAGAACCCGCACGUGUCGGUGUUGGGCUCCUCCGUCGCCACCUUCAGCGGCGAUUCCAUCCGGGUGGGCGGCGAGCGCAAGCGCCAACAGCAGCCGGACACCGACGACGCGUCGACGCGGCGGCACCUCCCGGCAGCGGGCGUGCAGCGCAUCGCAAGGCACCCCACCGACCGGGCCUUCCUAGCCUGGUCUUUGCUGUUCGGCUGCUGCGUGGCCCACCCCUCGGUGAUGCUGCGGCGGGAUCGCGUGAUCGAGGCCGGGGGCUACGACCCAGCCACCGAGCCGGCGGAGGACUACGACCUAUGGCUGCGUAUGGAGGCGUUGGCCCCAGGCUGCGUGGCCAACCUGGGCGAGGUUCUGCUCGGCCUGCGGAAACACGAGGCGAACGUGUCGCGAGAGAGGCGGCAAGAGCAGGGCGAGGCGGCGGAUGCCGCCGCCGCGAGAGCGAUGACGCGGCUUCUGAACAGCGGGUGGCACCGGCGUCGGGGGGUGGCACCGGACAGAGACGUGAGAACGGCACAGGCCGCAGCGAUUAGGCGCCCCGAGUGCGCGGCGAGCCCCGGCGACCUGGCGGGGGCGGCGCAACUGCUGGGAGAUCUCGGGGAGGCGGCCACGGCGGCGGUGACCGGGGCGGGGGGUGCCGCAGGCACGGAUGGCGUGGUGGUACCUUCGCAGGUGCGGGAUCGCGGCCCCGACGAGGAUGGCAGUCACAACGGUCGAGGCCGCGGACACGACGGCGACGAUGGCGCGGAUGGUGAUGAACGACCGUGGCAGCAGCGAGAAGAAGCGCUAAUGAUCGCGAGGGACGUGGAGGCUCGGCUAGGCGCGAUGGCGGUGCACGCCAUGAGCCGCUUCGGGGAGGGCGCUGCGCCCGUGCUCGACGAGUGGAAGAGGCGCUUUCCUGACCGGCCCCUGCUCUUCGUGCUCCGAGGGGGUGGGCGGUAGGGGUUGUUGUUUUGGGUCUCUUCCUCUUUGGCUCCUCGCUUGGUUGGGGACGGCUGUGGUGGUGGAGUUGAUGGUGGUUGCGCUGUGCGUUUGUGCUGGUCCUGGUGGUACUGCUGGCGUUGUUGCCAUCUGGACACUGGCAAACAGAGAGCGAGAUCGGCAGCGAGAGAUAUAAGAUAGAUAUACAUCGAGAGAGAGAGAGCGAGAGAGAGAGACAUACGCAUAGACGCAGAGAGUAGUCUUGUGACCUUUGUAGACGCGUAAGAUAUAACAUUUGGAGUCAUGAUGGCUUUUCGAGGGUCCUACCUUGGCGGGUGAGUUCAGAAUGUACUACGGUCGCCCCGGUGGU